CCGUCAUUAGGCAUCUGUACUCACAGCAGUUCACAUAGAGCGUGCUGGUGUGUCAUCGUGCUGCAGAGAGACAACGAUACUCGGUGAGUAAUGCCGGCCUUGUUGCUUGAUGUCAAGACUGCUAAAGAGAGGAUGAAGGCGGACGCGGAUUCCCUCUGACCGUGGCAUCCUACAUUCAUUGACUAAAGUCUGCCCAUUGUCAACAUGGCAGAGCAAUGGACAGCAGUGCCCACUUCUAAUAUGGCGGCGCUGAACCGGGCUAGAUCAUUGACUGUUAUAUUCUUAAUUGUCAGCAGUUGUCUGAUCAGUAGCACUGAUGGCAAAGACGCGCCGGAAGAGACUGUCAUCAUUGGCCUCCGGCUCGAGGACACCGACGAGGUGUCGUUUAUGGACAGAGGCUUUUUGCGCGUCAGCGAGCGUUCUCGUGUCAGGUUAAGGGUCUAUGGGCAAAACAUCAACAACGAGACGUGGUCCAAACUUGCCUUUACAGAACACAGCAUCGGCAGCGCACCCGCGGAGAGCACGAGCCCCGGAGACGCACCUGCCUCGCAUCCCUGCGGCAUCCGAUCCUCCGAUAUCAUCAUCCUUCCCAACGUGGAGGUAAACAGAAAGACAUCUGGGAUUAUUGAAAUCGAGGUGAAGCCUCUGCGAAAAACUGAGAAGAGCAAAGUGUAUUACCUGUGCAUCGCCACCGCCACACCUGGCGCGCAGGACUCGUGGUCCGAGAGCACCUGGGUCUAUCACGAGGGACAGGACACUAAAGUGAUCGUGGUGGAGGAGAAGAAGUUCCUGCUGCCUUUCUGGCUGCAGGUGAUUUUUAUUGCCAUGAUGUUGUGUUUGUCCGGCAUGUUUAGCGGGCUGAAUCUGGGACUGAUGGCGCUGGAUCCCAUGGAGCUCCGGAUCGUCCAGAACUGCGGGACUGAGAAGGAGAAGAAUUACGCGAAGAAGAUCGAGCCAGUCCGAAGCCAAGGAAACUACCUUCUGUGCUCUUUGCUCCUGGGAAAUGUCUUGGUCAAUACCACUUUGACUAUCUUGCUCGAUGACAUCGCAGGAUCAGGGCUGAUCGCUAUAGUGGUGUCCACUAUUGGGAUCGUGAUUUUUGGGGAAAUCGUGCCACAAGCCAUCUGCUCCAGGCAUGGGCUCGCCGUGGGCGCAAACACUAUCCUCCUGACUAAAUUCUUUAUGAUCCUCACUUUCCCUGCAUCAUAUCCCGUCAGUAAACUCCUGGACCACGUGCUGGGGCAGGAGAUCGGCACUGUGUACAACAGGGAGAAGCUUCUGGAGAUGCUCAGGGUGACAGAUCCAUAUAAUGACCUGGUGAAAGAGGAGCUCAACAUCAUCCAGGGUGCUCUGGAGCUCAGGACUAAAACUGUGGAGGAUGUCAUGACGCCUUUGCGAGACUGCUUCAUGAUUGCCGCUGAUGCCAUCCUGGACUUCAGCACCAUGUCUGAGAUCAUGGAGAGCGGCUACACGCGAAUACCUGUGUAUGAGGGCGAGAGAUGUCAUAUUGUAGACUUGCUGUUUGUCAAGGACUUGGCCUUUGUGGAUCCAGAUGACUGCACGCCGUUGAAAACCAUCACCAAGUUCUACAGCCACCCUCUGCAUUUUGUCUUCAAUGAUACAAAGCUGGAUGCCAUGCUCGAGGAGUUUAAAAAAGGUAAAUCCCAUCUGGCCAUUGUCCAAAGAGUGAAUAACGAAGGAGAGGGAGACCCAUUCUAUGAGGUUCUGGGCAUUGUCACGCUGGAAGACGUCAUUGAGGAAAUCAUCAAAUCUGAGAUUCUUGAUGAGACUGACUUGUACACUGACAACAAGACGAAAAAGAGGAUAGCUCACAGAGAGAGGAAACAGGACUUCUCCGCUUUCAAACCCACAGAUAAUGAGUUGAGCGUGAAAAUAUCACCACAGCUUCUUCUGGCCGCACUGCGUUUCCUGGAAACUGAGGUGGAGUCAUUCAGUACGGCUCAAAUGUCAGAGAAAAUCCUCCUGCGCUUGCUGAAACAUCCUAACGUCAUCCAGGAGCUCAAAUAUGAUGACAAGAACAAGAAAAUGUCAGAGCACUACCUCUUUCACCGCAACAAGCCCGUGGACUACUUCAUCCUCAUCUUGCAGGGGAAAGUGGAGGUUGAAGCUGGAAAGGAGGGGAUGAAGUUUGAAGCUGGGGCCUUCUCUUAUUAUGGAGUGCUGGCUUUAACCUCUUCACCAGUUCCUCUCUCCUUAUCUCGAACCUUUGUGGUGAGCAGGGCAGAAUCGCUGGCAGGAUCUCCAGAAAAUAAGUCACCUCCACGAGCGUUCGGACUCAACCACUCGGAUUCCCUGAACAGGAGUGACCGGAUGGAGGCGGUCACCCCCACACUGGGCAGCAGCAACAACCAGCUCAACUCCUUCCUGCAGGUCUACAUGCCAGACUACUCCGUGAGAGCCGCCUCUGACCUGCUCUACAUCAAGGUGACCCGCCAGCAAUAUCAGAACGCCCUGAUGGCGUCUCGCAUGGACAAGACGCCUCAGUCCACAGACAGCGAGUUCACCAAGAUCGAGCUGACCUUCACAGAGCAUCAGGAUGGACCGCUGGACGAAUCAGCCACUCUUUUGACCACCAACUCAUACAAACCCAACUACACCGGUCACAACGACGGGGCAAUUUAACCGCCCUCAGCGAAGAGAGAUGGCAAAAGAGCGCAAACGGCUCCGUUAGCCUCUCCCUUGCCACGUACUGAACAAGAGGCCUUUCUGUGGGCAGCUUCACUUCCUCUCAUCACGGUCGAUUUCAAAGGGGAACAUUCGUAAAGACUACAAUGUGGAGGGCCGCAUAUCUCACUAUGCAUGCACUAAUGACCUUAACACCUUUUGUGUGCAGCGAAUCAGUUAGGGACCACCACAUCAUUCUCACUCGCUCAUUCGAUCGAGGACAGAUACUCUUGAAAUACACACUUAGAAGGAGCCAGGUGACGACUCACACCACACCUCGACCAGACACGAUACCAGAAGGACAAAGAAAUGCCGGUGCCUUUAGACAGCGUGCAGUUACUGUCAACAAAGGAGGCCCCCGAGGGCCCGGGCCACGUGGAGCUCUCCAAAGUCUUCCACUCGACCCAGGAAGACUGAGCAGAUGAGAUCUCAGCAUUCGGGAGGCUUGUAAACAUGGAGAUCAAUAUCCCCAAGCCCUUUGAGAAAAGCCAGAAUGCAUCUCAGCCCACGACCAAAGACAUUUGGCAUAAUUUGUUACAAAAAACAGCAGCCUCAGACAUUACACGCAUAAGCGGGUGAAAUGGCGUAUCUGGACUGUGCCAAAUAACACCGACAACGAUUUUAUCGAUUUCUUCUGCCCAGGUUAAUCCACGUCACGCGCAGGUGUGCUACGUACAGCGCUUGCAGUACAAAGAAAUCAAAUGUGUUUACAUAUGAGGGCCUUUUUCAUUCAUAUAUAUAUAUAUAUAUAUACAGAGAGAGAGAUUUUUUUACGUCAACCCUGAUUGUGCUGAGGUACAGCGUCACCUAUUUUAAGGUUAAUAGAGUAUACGUCUCAUGAUUGGUUCCAUUUUUACGUACGUCGGACCACUCUUAACUAACGAUAUGUUUUCGAUUUUCAGUGCUUUUGCUGUAAUCACCUAACUCUUCAUUUUUAAAAGAAACGUUUUGUAUGUCACAACUACCUUUCUUAAGAUAGUUGCUAGCUGCGUUUAGGACCUCAAAGACACUAUUUCAGGAACUUACACUCUUAACUAAUAUCUCAUCUUCAGAUUCCGCUAUUGCUCUUUUAUCUUAUUUGUAUUAUUAUUAUUAUUAUUAUUAUUUUUAGAAAAUCUAUUCAUGUAAAACUCAAUGUCAUGGGAUUGUAAAAGAGGUACUUGAUGAUUCACUGAAUUUAAACAGGCGAAAAAGGAAAAUACUUAAGCAUUAAUGUAUUUAUUUGGUUUAGGUUUAUAUUAACGCUCUUGAUACAAAGGGGAAUGAAUCUCUGGCUGAUGGUUUUCACCGCUGACCAUUUUUUUUUAAUCAGCACCUCCUGAGACACUUUUGUCAGAUGCGUAAAGCCGCCGGAUAUCAGGAUAUUCACGUCUCGAGUGUUUAUGUAGCAACCUCUCAGUGCAAUAGUGUAACAGCUAUUCAGGGACAAUCAUGACCAACUAAUGUGCUCGCAGGUAGGACAAAAUAUCCAAAAGUGAACUAGUAAGAAUUUAAUUUAAUGAGACUGAGAGGUAGAGUAAGUGUGUUAGACUAACACAACUACUGUUAAGGGGCUUGAGAUGGGAAAUAGUGAUUCUUGAACACUAACAAAUGCUUCGGUCAGCAUUCCUGUUCUUCUGUUACAUCGACUGCUUAUUCCAUUUUUUCCACACUGUGUUAAAGAGAAACACCUGUUUAUUUCACUUAAAGUAUUUGGUGAUGUCCUACAGAUCAGAUCAGUGUUUUCACAUUGGAUCGCCUGCCUUAGAUAAGAGAAAACGUCUUCAGAAAUGUGGUGCUCUAACAUGCGGUUUGAGUCGGUCAUACACUGCUGCUAUUUUCAGUCUUGAAUGUGUAAAGAGAUACUGUACAGUCAUAAAUCAGAGAGUACUAUUAUAUGCUUACAUACUAUAAAACAGACAAUGCUAUAUCAGAUUUAAAUAUUCAUAUAUAUAUAAUAUAUAUAAUGCAGAUGUAAAUUGCUUUAAUAAAACUGUUUGACAACUU